CUGUGUGCGCGGAGCAACCAACACCAACACUGCCUGCCAUCACACAUCACAUCCAUUCGCACAAUCAAAACACGCCGAAAGUACGAGCCACUUUCAUAAGAAUCUGAUUUCUGAAUUGAAAAUUUUACCGCUGUCGAUUGAAUUCAGACUGAAACGAUGAACAGCAUUGGUGAAAAUUGUACCGAGUUGAAAAAGAAGUACGACACGUGUUUCAAUCAGUGGUUUUCGGAGCGCUUCCUGAAGGGAGAUGCCGACGACUCGGUGUGUGCGCCCCUGUUUCGAGUGUACCAGCAGUGUGUGAAGGACGCCAUGAAAACCCAUCAGAUCGAGUUCAAGGAGAUCGAGAGCGACUACCUGGGCUCGUCCAAGGAGCAGAAAGUUCCUCCAAAGAACGACGGUUCCAGCUGACCCUGAUCUGUGUCGCUCGGCAGCAUCACCACUGGCUAUUGAAACAACAUGCAGCGACCUACGACCGGCGGCUGACUGAACGGCGAUGAUCAUCAAAUCAAAUCAAUUCCACAUCCUGAUGGUGGGUGCUACGUGCGGAAUGGUGCGGGUGAUAUUUGUAUGCACCAUUGCGCUGUAUAAGCUAUGCUCGGAAGCCAUGCUUUCCGAAACACUUUUUGUUCUAUUGAUUAGUUUUACAGAAAAAGUACCACCCUGUCUAGUCGAAGGUAAAAUAUACUGUUAGUGUAAAUUAGUCGUAAAAACCACUAAGUUACGAGAAUAACCGUUGUGUCAUUUAGAGUUGUUCAUCGACUUGAUUGAGUUUUUAUUGAAAUAAUGCUUUAGUAUUGUGUUUAUUUGUAGAAAAGUACAAUUUAUAACUUUCUUAGAAGUGACAAAUAAACUCAUAUUUUGUAAAGGAA